AUGGAAAGUGAUCUGAACAGUUUGCGAGGUUUGGUGGAAGAACUCAGAACAGAGAAUGAUAUUUUAAAGAAAUCAUUAAUACAAUGUCAUUUAAAUAUCAUGGCAUUGGCAAAAGGUCUUGUUGCCAGAGACCUCAGAAUUUAG